AUGGCACGUACGAUGUUUUUUUGCGCAUGUUUAUCAAUCUUUAUGAGAAAUCAAUUCCUAGAAAAAAACAAGCACAACAAGCAACAAGCACAAAAAACCCAUGAUAAAAUUGCUAACAAAUUCAACGAGUUUUUUAUCAAUGUUGGACCAAAACUAGCUUCUAAAAUUCCAUCUUCCACAAAAACACACAGCUCUUACUUAGAUACUUGCGAUACUCUAAUGAGUGAAUCUGAACUUACCAUAAAAGAAUUGCUUUUUCAUCAUUACAGCCAAACAAAAGUCCAGGGCUUGACGAUAUUAGUACAGUUUUCAGACCAAUUAAAAAUUGCUAGAGUGACACCAAUAUUUAAAGAAAACUCCGAUGGUACUAAUUAUAGACCUAUUUCCGUAUUGCCAUGUUUCUCGAAAGUUCUUGAAAGAAUAAUGCAUAACCGUCUCUACGACCAACUAGUACAAAAUAAUAUUUUAUAUGACAAACAAUUUGGUUUCCAAAAGCACCAUUCGACGAACCAUGCAGUCAUAGAAUUGGUAAGUGAAUUAUCGGAAUCCUUUAAUAAAAGGUUGUUUACACUAGGGAUAUUCAUUGAUCUCUCAAAGGCUUUUGAUACUGUCAAUCAUAAUAUUCUUUUAUCCAAACUAAAAUCUUACGGUGUGCAAAACAACAAUUUGAAAUGGUUUACAAAUUACUUGACUAACCGAAAACAAUGCAUAGCAUACGACGAUAAAUUGACGCUCUUUCAACUAAUAAAGUGUGGUGCACAAGGAUCCAUUCUUGGACCCUUACUGUUUUUAAUCUACAUAAACAACUUACUUAAUUCCUUUAAAAUGUUGAGAUUUAUUCUAUUUGCUGACGAUACUAAUCUUUUUUACUCCCAUACUAACAUUGUUGAUUUAUUUAAAACAGCUAACCAAGAACUUGCGCAUAUAAACGAAUGGUUUAAAGCAAAUAAACUUUCACUUAAUAUAAGUAAAACUAAAUAUGUGUUAUUCUAUAACCGUUACAAAACUGAUAAAAUUCCACUCUUAUUAUACCAUCUCUUAAAAAUAUUAACCUACUUAACGUAUUGUAAUAUAUCCUGGGCAAGUAACAAUGUAAAUAAAUUAAAAAAGUUGUAUAAUAAACAAAAGCAUGCUUGUCGCAUAAUUUUUGGUUCAGACAGAUAUGCACCAACACAACACUUAUUUCUUCAAAUUGGGGCUUUAAACAUUUAUCAAUUAAAUAUGCAUCAAGUUUUACUUUUUAUGUACAAGAUGAAACAAAACAUAACACCAAAAUUGUUCACUAACCAAUUUAGUCUUACGGAAAAACAUAUAUGUCUUAGUUAUAAUAUAGAUGUAAAAAACUAUUACAACAUACCUGUCAAUUUGUGUUUGGGGUAUGGAAAUAUAAACACCAUUGUGCCACAAUAA